CGGCUCCAUAUACACGGCGCCCACGACGCUGCGGGCACAGACUAGGACCAUCAUACAGUCUGCGAUAAAUGGGGAGUAAUAUUGCAGUUGAUAGAUGCGCUCUGCCGCAAAGAUUCCCUGAUGCGAGGAUCAACACUGUUGGUCUCGGCGUAAGGGGAAGUGUUCAGAGCGCAAGCGCAAAUAAUCACGACUACGACUCUUGGUCCAGGUCACUCCGCUCCGUCGUCACUGCGAUACCAAGACUGCUUCUACUUGGAUCCGCCAAACUGCAGCCUUCAUCUUCCGGCACCAAUAUACGACUCCAACCGAUUGUGUCCGCUGGUCCAUACAAUUUCACUGUCGCAUCGCCGACCCAGGUCCAUUGACCCCGAGCCUCGAUCCGACGCCUCCGUUUUCAACCUUGCGAGAGUAUAGUCGCUGGUUUUGUCCAUCCGCAGACUUGCAGGCAGACCUCUACCACCCCAACCCCUCCGAUAACAUUCGACUCCGAGGCCCUGUUUAGCCCGCUGCAACCGCGGGCAGCGUCAAUUUGCUCGGACCAAGUCAGCAACUUCUCACUUCUAGUACAGGAGGAUUCUUUUUUAGCGCACCCGCGAUCGAAUUCACAAAUAAAGAGCAUGGCGGACCAGUCGUCGGCACCCAAACCGAGCAGCAGCGUCAAGCUCGUGCUGCUGGGAGAGGCAGCUGUUGGAAAGUCGUCUCUCGUUCUCCGCUUCGUCAACAAUGAUUUUCAAGAAAACAAGGAGCCCACCAUUGGCGCCGCCUUCCUCACUCAGAAGAUUUCCCUGCCCAACCGGAUCAUCAAGUUCGAGAUUUGGGACACGGCCGGCCAAGAACGAUUCGCCUCCCUUGCGCCUAUGUACUACCGCAACGCACAGGCAGCUCUGGUCGUCUACGAUCUGACCAAACCUACAUCGCUUGUGAAGGCCAAACAUUGGGUGGCCGAGCUGCAGAGGCAAGCAUCACCAGGCAUUGUGAUCGCCCUGGUAGGAAACAAAUUGGACCUCUGCUCUGAGACGUCCGGCGAUAGCGAUGCGACGGCCGAAUCUGCCGAGAACGAAGAGGGAGGGGACUCGGCAGAGGCCGAGCCGACAGACAGCGGCGACGCACGAAAGAUCUCUACUCGGGAAGCCAAGGCUUAUGCAGAAGAAGAGGGUCUUCUUUUCUUUGAGACAUCUGCCAAAACAGGCACCAACGUAGCCGACGUCUUCUCUGCGAUUGCCAACGCCAUCCCAGAGACAUCGUUGAAAGGAGCAAGAGGAGCUGGCGGCAGCGGUACGCAGGCGGCGCUGUCGGGGGCCGCCAACCGUGCGGAUGAAGCCCGGGUUAAUCUCACGGACCGGGCGAAACAAAAGAGCGACAACUGCGCCUGUUGAUCAUAUCGUUUGGUGGGGUUGUGGCCUCUUAAGUCUUAUGUGGCUGAUCGAUUGAUGAAAGAGACACAGCAGAUUGCUGCGAAAUCAUGCGUUAGGACUCGACAAGGACAGUAGCAGUAAUGCUGCCAGACCCAAGUGCUUAUGGCUGUCUUGCUGUUACCCUGGUUGCGAAGGGUGAUCUGAUACCACUAAAUACACCUUUGGAGUUUUAGGAUGGGCAUUGUUUUUGUUGUCACGUCUCGGUGGGUGCUCAACAAUUGGGAUUGGUAUUUAUUCUCUUGUUCGAGAUAGUGGCAGUGGUAACAUGGUAGCAAUGGAAGCAGAUGGACACGAACAGGAGGAUUCCUUCGUUCAGGACCUUUCUUCCGAUUUUGCUGUCACUCCCGGCCGCGCUGAACAAUCGUCCUUCACUGAGCCGCGGUAAGGCUUAAGAGGAGUAGCUGUUCUGCGAUUGACUGUUCUACCUUUCCUACUCUAGCGCUGCCUCAUAGCAUGGACGUCCCCUGCAGGACUGAGAUAGCCGGCCUACUAUCUUCUUUCUCGGGCCACCUUUGACUUUCGCGCUUAGGUCAAUUUCUUGACUGGGAAGGGGCUGUACAUCGCCUCUUCUUAGAUAAUAUUAUUUGAACACCAUAUCGAC